GACCAGUUACUGGCACAUGCCGCCCAUUGGGGAUACAGCUAUAAGGAAAAGAAGGAAGAAUAUCGACCAUAUGUCUCCUGGCAGUUUCUUUAAGAGAAGGAAGCUAAAAAGGAAAAGACGAAGAACACAAUAUCUCAUGUACUCGUAUCAUGAGCUAGCACAGAUAAUGUACAUAAGUACGAUAGGAAGUGAAUGAUAAGACAGGGUAAGACGUCGGGAAGCAGGAGACACGUAUUCAAUUAAGAAGACAAGCAAUUUUCUCGUAAUGCAGUCAUAAUGGGUGACGCGUGGGUAACGACAGGGCGCGCGUGGUCGUCGCUCCUACAUUUUUGAUAAUUACAAAAGUAAGUAUGACGUGCAGAUGCGUACACGCAGGACGCUCGAUUCAAGUAAGCCGGAUCUUGACAUUUUGUUGAUUAAUUUUCAACCGUAAUUACACUUGUCGUUGCAAAUUCAUCCUUAUACACUGUAGAUAUUAAAUCUAUAUCUUUUAUAUGAUUCUUCCUGAGAAUUCAAACUCGCAUUGGUUCGUCAUUGAGGUUAGACCUCAUUAGACUAAGUACCACCUCGUAAAUGUAUCAGGGCAUAAAUCUCGGAGGCAUACUUAGCCGGAUGUCCCGAGCAUUAUAAAUUUUAGUUCUCUCCCAGCGCUAGAGACUUGUAUUAACAUUCCUCAGGCGCUACUGUAGCCGUUGGCAUUUAUAAUCCACGAAGUAAAAAAACCGUCCGUGUUGUACGAAGAAAUUUGAAAAAUGUAUCGGACACGCGGGUAAACUUUCGAGCGUUAAAUUCAAAUAUUGUUAUCGGCGCCACCUGUCGUGCGUUCAGCGAAACAUGUUUACGUACAAUACAUUUGGUGCAUGACAUAUUUUUUUAACAGAGCAGAUAAAAUUUAUGGCUUUCACCAGUAAGCCAUUUGUAUCUUCAAUGAAAAUAAUUUCUGCUCAAACUGCAUUGGCCUUACGUUCCAACCAGUUUCACUGUUAAGGAUCUGACGACGUUUAUCGAUCGGUGGUAUAUCGAUCUCUUGCUAAAAUACGAAAGAGGUCGCACUCGUCCCCGGACGGUCAUGCAAUUUCUAUUUGUAGACACUGCAGAUUUAUAGGGUCGUACAAAAAUAGUUAUUAGUGGCGAAAUAACGCUCGUUAAAUCCUUAACGACGCCUCGUUACCACAUUUUAUUGUUGAUUGCUACAGAAAAGAAUCAAGGGAAAGAUUUUUCAUAAUUUUAUCGAAAGAAAAUCUUGAAAAUAUUUUUGACGAAAUAAUAAAAAGACUGAUUGAUAUUUAUUUUGACAGCGUGUACCUACACAUAAGAUGAAUGACGUACAACGUGUAACGAUAGUCAUUUGAAAAAUCCCGCCUAAAAUUGAAAAUCACAAAUUCAAAAAAAAAAGCUAAUCAAAUGCGGGAUUAUGAGUCAGUCGUAGUACUCGUUCCAAAGUAAGAACAUGCAACGUGUGUCUCUUUGUUUCUUUUUAUUUUCUAUGCCCGCCCACACGUCAAUUUAUUCGAGGAAGAGGCCGGACGAGUCCCACUGGGUAUCCACUAACAAGAAGCGACAUCACCAGGAACAUUUGUGCGUAGGUAAUACUUGCCGACAUAUUUACGAGCUCUUUUACGUAAUCUGUAAUCGGUAAUCUCAGUCGACUUCCUCUCCGAUGGACAUAACAGGUGGUCGUACAUGAAUUCUUCUUUUAUGCCUUCGAUCCCAAGUCGAUGAAGCGUUUUGACAAUCUUUUUUUUUACUGCGUAAUUCAAAAUAUAUCUACGGUAAUAUUCGUAUCUACGUGGAUGCGCGACGGUUGAAUAAUUUCUAUAGCUUUGUAGGGGGACUGAACGGUAGGCGUGACGUAGUAAUCCUUUGUUUUGUCUAGAGGCGAUAUGAACAUUUUCCUCACGGCACAGAUCCGCCAAUUGCUCGAUAAGGAGGAAAAGAGGUUAACAAAUUUUAUUUAUAAUUUGGUACAAUUUUUUUUAUCACAUUUAAAAAACUAUUUUUUAUGUCGCACUGUGAAGGGUCCUUUACGUCCUGAUCGAUUUCAUCGAAACGGGCGAGGAGAAGAAGAGGUUAGGAUUCUCGUCUUCUGUAAUCUUCCUGGACUUCCUGUCUGGAGCAUUUUGAAAUUGGAUGACUCUGGUUGGUCACACUGAUUUUAUUUUUAUUAUCUAACGCUCUGACGAUCUUCUAGAAAUUCGAUACUUCGAUUGGUCAGUAAAUCGAGAUAGGUACCGGGUAAGGAUCGGAUGGACCAAAAGGUAGGAGAUCCAAUGUGGAGGGAUGAUGGUCCAGUGGAUUGUGGGAUGUUAUGAUUGGAUCACGAGUCACGCUGAAUGCCUGUAUAUCUUUCUCUUCGUAAUGUUGGCUGACUGCAUAAUGCAUGAACUGGCCAUCUUCUCGGACGAGCGAGUUUCAUGGAUUCCAAGAGGAUUUCGGUAUACGUAAAAGUACAUACAGCUUGACACAGUUUCAUGUAUGAAAAGUCUAGGGACUUUUGUGCCUGAAUUAAUUGUGUCACAAAUUCCCAGCCUGACUUGGUUAUCGCUGAGAUACGAGUAACGGACGGCAAUGAAGAUUCUGCCUGCACUCUGCACUUUGAAAAGUUUCAUCCAAACUCCCGUUUCACCCUGUGCUCCAACUUUUCUUGUCGCACGACGAAUAACCCGGACAUUGAUAAUUUUCAGCUGUUAUACAAAAUUUGAAUAUUUUGUACAUCCAUGUAAUUUUGACUCUCUGGAUCACACACGCAGUGCCUAAACGUAAACGGCGAUUCGUAGCAGCGCUGGUUCUUCAUUGGGACAGCAAAUAGGAGGCAGUGGAAUUACGAAAAUUACGAUCGUAAAAAUCGAUCGUAAAAGUCGCUCGCGGAUGGUUAACAGUGUUUUUAAAAAAGCCAAAAAAAAAGAAAAUUUCAAAAAAAAAUUAAGAGCCAUGAAAUAGGCUCCGAUGUGGGGUAAAAGCCCCCCUCCUCGAAACCCCGCACAAAAAUCUAAAAAUAGACGCGUAAAGAUCGCCUAAGGAGCCGAUCUUUUUUUAUAGUCAUCAUAAAGACAAAACUUUACUCAAUAACCUUUGUUUUUAGUAUUGAUCGACAUACAGUGGCUAUGGAAUUUUGCCCUAACAUUUUUAUUGAUACCUAAUUUUAUUCGAAUCGAGAUCAACGCCCUUAACGUGAAUGAAUUUUUCAACCUAAUAAAAAUUUCUAUUUAUAUUUCAAUUUCAAGUUAACAACACGUGUCAGCACUCUGUCGUUACUACCGGUUAACACAUAUCGGAUCGUCCACGUUGAAUGCAGUAUAAUUUGACGUACCGUCUUGCAUAUAUCGAACGUAGCUGACAGCAGCUAUAUACCAAUGGGUACCAAUAUACAUGCAGCUAUAUACCUAUGGAUACCAAUGGAUACCAACCAUCGCAAAGAAGGCUGAUCGCGAAGCAACGCACGUUCGCCAAUUUCUCGCAAGGUUUACGCGUCUAGGUAUGCCAUAAGUCAAGAAGCAGCAUGAACGACAACGAAGGAGCUGGAGAAUGGCUUCUCGUACAGUAGAAAGAAAAACGAAUUUGUCAAUAGUGGAUUAAGUGUAACAUUUUUUGUUGGCUGGAACGUUCAUUGAUUUAUUUUUCGUAUUGGCACCGGCUGUGUUUUACGAGGAAAAACAGAAGAGACGAAUAAGGAAAUUUUUCUAGGGUCAAUGUAUGAUACAACCAGGUCAAUUUAUCGAUACACUUGUCUUGCCGAUCGAUACUGUUGCUACGUUGCAUAUUUCGAUACCAAAGUACACCCUGUAGAUUCGAGAUCGUCGAGGGUGCUUGUACUGAACAAUGAGGAAUUAAUAGGGAUCCGCGUGCUAUAAAACGUCCAACAGAUAAGGGUUCGUUGCAUGGAGUCGAGACUGCAACUAUACUUGUGCUUGUACAAUAGAUAGUGUCUGAAGAGUAGAAGGAUCACGUAGACAUAACCUAGCUUAACUUAAGUAUAGAUGUACGUACAGAGACUAGAUCAAAUUUGAUAGUCCCUGUAGAUCUCAGUGUAGUAAAAAGAGACUGGUAUAAUAAACAGGUUAGUAAGAAAUACAGAGGUAGAGUAUUUUGGGAUUUAUAUGAAAAUUAGUGAAAAUGCUAAUUUAAUUCCUUAAGAUUUAACCAUUUAGAUAUUUUCUUAAGGUUAGUCAGGAGCAACUUUGUCUAAGAGUGGCACUUUUGGAUAGGUGUGUAUAACCAAGGUUUCGUGGCAGUAUUCUUUCAAGUGGUAGACGUAACUUGAUAUGUACCUACAAAUAGUGGUUAAGCACUGAAAGUGAUCUUAGUCGAGUGUACGUUAAACACAGAUACGAUUUUUAUCUUUGAAUCGAUUUUGGAUUAAUUGAAUUUCGAUUUUUCGAUUGAAAUUUUUAUUACGACCUAGAUUAUGCUUUUGGGAAUACAAAUCGAUUGUCAUUUAUCGAUAUAGUCAGUCGUUGAGAAUUAUUCGUAAUUUGAAUUUCCCGCCAAUUCCUAUGUAGUUCUGUAUACAAGCAGGGGAUUCCCCGUAGUUUAACUUCUGUUGGUUAACGCCAAAUAUUAAUUUAACAUAUCUCACUGCCGUUAUUACGUUUCUUUGUAGGCUGGUCUCUUCUUGGAUACAGUCUGACCUAUACGAAGAUGGUUAGUUAUGCAUGCAAGGGGCCAAGAUAGCAAGAUGACACAUAAAAGUACUCGAGUGUGAAGACUCGACACUUCGGUCUUCGUCUUGACGAGAGCCAAGAGGACCAACCCAGUAGAACCCAGACCAAGCCAGCCAGCCGACCCUCCACGAAUAAGAGGACGUCUCCGAGUAAAGAGAUUCCUCGAUAGGGUUUUUACUUGGCCUUGGGUCAGUGUACCCCGAUGACCCUGGGUCCUUUUGGGACCCUCGGCAUUCAUGCCCACGAAGCUGUCACGUCCCUGGCGACGUCAUUGAAAAUUUGACGUCAGUAUCGCAGCUACUGGCGAACUACAGAUGAUCAAAACUAUCAAAGCGUCCUGUCAAUUUCUUCGUUCGCCAGCCAAGAGAAAUACAUUCCGAGGAUUCUGGAUUCCACGUUGCUUUUAUCUCGUCGACAAGUUGUUCUCACAACGAGUGACUGGGAGACCAAAUGAGAGAGAGAGAGAGAGAGAGAGAGAGAGAGUGAGUGAGUGGUCUCACGCAUUCUCAUACCGUUUCCUUUCUCUCUUUCUCUUUUAAUCUCCUUUUUCUAUUUCUACUUAUAUGCUCCUAAGAUUCUCUUUCUUCGUCUACGUUAUUACGUUUCCCUCUCGAUAAGAAAGAGAAAAGCAUUCGAUUUCAUUCCUGGUAUACACGUUGCGGGUAAUGCGAUGUUUUUAGAUUUUUGUGAAAGCUCACGUGUAACGCAACACCCAUUCUUAUUUAUUGCGUUCGCUCUCGGUAUUCGUAUUCUUCGUCCCAGUUGGUAUUUCAAUGAUUUAAUCGAUUUUUACCAACAGACAAUUUUUUGUCCUAUCCCUUAUCCGCCCACGUAAAAACAAUAUGGACAAAAAUGAAAUAGUAUCAGACACGGAGGAAAAAAAAUUUCAAAAAUAUUUUCUCACCAUUCAAAUCUUUUUGGUAUCGAGUAAUGACAAUUACGAAUAUAUUAUUAAUUAUUUAUUAUCCAACGACACGCUGAUAUAUGAAAUUAAGUCCUUCGAAGUUUUCUCCCGUUUGGAGAUGAGACAAAUUUUUUUUUCUUAUUCAAGCGCACUUGAGAACAGAUGGUAAUUAAAAGAAAAAAUCGUCAUAUCAUUUCAUCUGUCAUCUGUCAUAUCCAUAUAGCGACAAUGUAAAUCUCAAACGUAUUAGAAUAUUUUUUGGAUUUUUAUUUCAACACUUUUUGUUGUCAUAACCUAUUAAAACUCAUUAGGCUUUUAAUCAAUACUAUAAAAACACGUUUCGAAGUCUAGACUAUGUAUAGGUCCAUAUACUUUAUACACAGCAUCACUGAUAUUAUAUAUAUAGUAACAAAUACUGACAACAACUCUCAUUACGAGACUCAUCACGAAUGGCGGCUCAUUCACGCGAGUAUAAAGAUAAUUUUUAUCCGUUCCCAGCGAGUCCCGACGAUUCAACCGGCGAUUCAUACGAUGAGAGCCCAUUACUCUGUAUUUGUGAUAUACGGUUCUUUUGGGUAGGUUAACGUUUUUUUAUUUCCGCUCCCUUUGCCUUACACCUUUUUCAUAUUGUAUAAGGGUAUAUAUGUAUAUAUAUUUCGUUCUUUUUUAAAACUUGAUCAUUUAAUCGCGGCUACGCAUUUUUCUCAUCUAAUUGAGACAGGCGACCUGAAUAUAUUAUCGUUCGAUCGUUAUACGUUUUCAGUUUUUUUAUUUCUGUCAAGCUAUAAGCAUCUGGAGUAAUAUAAGCUUUAGGGUAUUAGUGUCCCUGCUGUUUGAUUCGUAAAAUUUAUUUUUAUGAUUUUAAAUUGAGUUUUCUCAAUUUUUUUUGUAGUCUCGACCAACCGAGUAAGGCUUUACUUGAUUUCAGAAGCACUUUAUAUUCGUGUCUGUGUUUAAUUGAGUGUAAUAGUAAAAAAAGAUUCUAUUGGUGAAAAAACGUAAUUUCGGAAUUUCACGUGGCGUGAGAAUUCCUUGUGGGAAAGUCUGUAAAAUCUUUAACGUACGUUCACCACUGGAAUUAUGAUCAGUCGAAGCGAUGGGAAUGAAGCAAAAAAAUGGCGAAAAAUGCCACAAAUGUGUUGUACCGCGACAGGAAGAAAUUAUUAAGGAAAGUAAUAGAGGGGGGGACGGAGGAAGAAACUCGUGAGAGUAAAUUUGAUUUCGUCAAUUGGCACGAAAAAAAAUAAAAUCGCGUGGGAAUUCCAGGGUGAGGCUGUCCGGUAUUCAAAUAUGAGAAAAAGAGAAAUAAAAAAGAAAAAGCUAAGGAGACAAUAUUUGUUUCGUCUAUCGUCUGAGGAAAUGUAAUCGCAAGGAAAUCUUCAUUGGAUCAAAAACGCAACGUAACAUUAUUAGGGAUUUGUUGACCGUGCGAGAAAUAAGUUCCAAUGCAAAUUAACACUGAGCCACGUGUGGUCCGGCCUUCGGUAAGAAAGAACGAGAAAUAUAAAAAGAAGCAAGAACACCUUAGUCGUAUCUUUUUAUGCUCGUGUAUCGGACAAAGGAAUACGUAUACGGUGAGAAAAUGAUAUUGGGAUUGUUAAAUAAAUUAAUCAGAGCAACAAAGAUUCUAAUAUAACCUUAGUAUUGAAUGGUAAAGACAAAUGUAUAGGAAUUCACCUAGAUAGGAAGCUAUAUAUUCCACGUUGAUUCUUCGAAGGAUUAAGAAAUGUCGCUAACCUGUGUUACACGUAGAAUUAACAGGAAUAUAUGCUUGUGACGUGUAUAAGGUGCUACAAAAUAGAAUAAUGAGUCUUAUAUGUACGUAGGUAAUGCAUAUUUCUAUGUACAGUCUGCUUAUUAUUUUGUGUAUAUAUAGAUAUAGAUUUAUACAUAAUUUACCUGUCGUCUAGGUUUGCUUUCCAUAACGUUAGAAUCUAGUACCUAAGAACGACGACGGUGGCGCCACCGUCGCACGGCCUUCCAGCCUGGACGACAAUCGGCCUCGUUCAAGGAAGUUCAGUCUCGCUGCGACCGCUCUCGGGGUCGUAUCGUUGUUUUACGAAGUUCGUGUUUCGAGCGGGUCCACGUGUUGUUUUAUACCCGUUCGCGAAACUUUGCAAACUUCUUGCACGUAUCCGCGUCUCGGGUAGGCUCGAUUUGUUGGAGUUUUCGCGCGUGUGUGACUGUGACAGUGCACGACGAGGAUCGGCCGAUUGAGAGCAUCGUGUACCCAUUUCCGGUACGUUGGAGCAAUCUCUACCGGGCAGCCGUUCUAUCUGAAAAUCGCAUACAGGGUGUCCUGUUAACACCGUGGACAAAAGGAUGCCCAUGGUGCCGCGUGCCUCGAUGGACUAGCAUACCUUGUGGAAUUCCAAAGCAUCGCCAUUUUUUUCCACGGGCUGCUGCAACGUCUCAGUCAUCGAGUAUGAUAUGACAAUCAUCCGAAGUGUUCGCUAAGCUAUCAAGAAAUAAUCAAUAAUGAAGAAUCUGCAAGUUUUGGCGAUCGUCUUGCUGUUGGGUGCCAAUGCGAGGCGUCCCGACGGCGACGCCGCCACCGAGGACGUCUUUGGCGGUCAGCGUCGCGGCGCCCUCCACAAGCCAAAUUACAACGGUCAGCAGGCUAACUCGCCUUAUCUUCCUUAUCAGCAGCCCAGAGAGAGGAAGCCCAAUAUCGUACUGAUCCUUACGGACGAUCAGGAUGUGGAGUUGGGCUCGCUGAACUUCAUGCCGCGAACCCUCAGGCGCAUCAGGGACGAAGGCGCCGAGCUGAGACACGCAUACGUCACGACGCCGAUGUGUUGCCCUAGCAGAAGUUCACUACUGACUGGCCGUUACGUUCACAAUCACGAAGUCUUUACGAACAAUGACAACUGCAGCAGUCCUCAGUGGCAACGGGAUCACGAGCCUCAUUCAUUUGCCGCUUACCUGAGCAAUGCCGGAUAUCGUACCGGCUACUUUGGCAAGUAUCUGAACAAAUACAAUGGCUCGUAUAUACCACCGGGAUGGAGGGAGUGGGGUGGCCUCAUAAUGAAUUCACGCUACUACAACUACAGCGUUAACAUGAACGGCAAGAAGAUCAAGCACGGCUUUGAAUACGGCAAGGAUUAUUAUCCCGAUUUGAUAGCCAACGACAGCGUUGCCUUUUUGCGGCAGAGCAAGCACAACUUUGCACGUAAACCGGUGAUGCUCGUUGCCAGCUUCCCGGCGCCGCAUGGACCGGAAGAUUCGGCGCCGCAAUUUUCCCACCUCUUCUUCAACGUCACGACUCACCA